AUGGAAAUUCCGCGACCUGGCACACGUAUUGAAAUUGUCGCAGCGAUGCGGCGAGUUAGGUACGAGUUUAAAGCUCGGGGCAUCAAAAAGCGACCGGUUGAUAUCACGGUUUCUGUGGAUGGAGUUAAGGUUGUUCUACAACGAAGAAAGCAGAAGCAAAAGGGUCUUUCGUGGGAUGAGUCGAAAUUGCUUGUGAUGUUUCACCCCAUAUAUAGGUAA